CGGCCGCAGCAGCAACAACAACACAAUGAAUGAAGAAUGUUCAAUCAAAUUAAGGCCCAUGUUGGCUUUACUAGUCAUCCUUCUAAGUUCUUUGCAAUUUAGUUAUGUCACAGCACAAUCGAAUUAUGUGCAACAUGGUGAUAGUGGGAAUUAUACAACCAAUGGUCUGCCCGAAGAAGCAACACUCGAUGGAAAGGUUACCAAACUAGACGAUAUUAGUCCAUUGAUAUUUUUAAAUCGCACAAAAGCCGCACUAAAUUGUGCAGCCGGUUCUAUGCAGGUGGACAUGAAAUUCAAUGAGCCAUUUCAUGGCAUCAUACAAGCCGAUUAUGAUCGCAGCAGUGCAUGCCGUGUCAAUGGUAAAGGUGCAUUAAGUUAUAGAUUGGAACUGCCAUUGAAGGGAUGUGGUACUAUACAGAAUCCAACACGUGUCUUCACCAAUAAUAUAAUUGUACGUUUUCAUGCAAAUUUGGAAAUGGAUGGCGAUGAAAUUAUAACAAUUGUAUGCCGUUAUCCACCACCGGUACCCUCACUGCCACCAGCUUUACCAGCUCCCAUUUUGAAUCCUGUCGAUAAAGCUGCCAUCAUCCAUCCCCCCUUGAAGGGUAUACAGAUUUUGAUGAUUAUUUGUGCUAUUAUGUUCCUUACAUUGCUUCUGUUGGGCUUGGCCGUUUCCUAUUAUUGUCUGCGUAGCCGUCCCAUACCAGUGGUCCGUCGCCUUCCUAUGUCCAUGGGAAGUGGUUCGGAAAUUACUAAACUCAGCGGUAGUAGUAUGGGUGGCAUUGGCGAAUUUGAGGGAGUUAAAAUACCACGAGCUCAUGCCCCAUUAGCUGCUGUGCAUAGUUCAUCGGGUAGCGAAGGAGCUCUUAUACCUUCGGAUUAUCCAAGUGAAUCUCACUCCGAAAUUGAAGAAAUUGAUACGAGAUCUCUACCAGUUAGCUCCGCCGGAAGCUUCGAAAACCGCGCCUUCGUCCAAGAAACUUCCAGCAUUUACAGCGAUCAUUACGGCCAUACCCAAGAACUGCAAGCUGCCAAUGCUAUAACCACAGCUAUACCACGUCAUCCAAUUGCCGUAAAGGAAGCCUCCUCACCCAAAUUCGAUGUCCAGGUGCGUGUUAAAAAAUCUCCCCCACCACCACCAUCUCCACAGACAUCCGAUACCGAAAGUGUGGCUACACUACGACCUGAACGUAAUAAUCUAUCGACUAUUAUGGAAUCACAUGAGGAUCGUGAAAGUGUUACUACCAUGGAAUCACUGCCAGGUCAAGAAGAGACAAUGCAAACUCAAUUUACAUACACACCUGAUAUACACAGCGCACCCCAGCAUACGGAAAUAACACUGCCACCACCAGUCCAACCUGUGUUCUCCGUCUACACACGUACACAUCAUGAAAUGGUCGAUGGACGCCCCGAGACAUGGUCGGAUUACACCGAUGGUCCAGCUCUAAGCGAAAUUACCGAUGUUACCUCUAGGGCACCCGAUUUACAUUCUGUUGCCGAAAUGGUUGACAGCAGUCAUUUUGUUGAAACCGAAUAUAUCCCACCAGAGCCACCAAUUGUCAUCAAGAAACCACAAAUCACCUCCCACACUGUGGAUGAUGUCUAUUUGCGUACGAUUACCGAAAAGAAGACCAUUGAAGACAUUGAAUCGCAUAAACGUAAGGUUACCGAAUAUAAGGCUAAACCGAAACCAUUGGCACCACCAGUACCCGAACCAUCAUGGGAUGUUAAGAUACGCAACUACCCAACCGAACGUGAACAACAACAAUGGGAGAACUUCUCAGAUAUUUCAAGUGUAUCGGGAUUGACAUUGACUCCCAAGAUGGAAAGAUCAGAAUUGACAUUGCCCCCCGUUAGACCCACCGAACCACCACAACAAAUCUAUGACAAUAAGGAAAAACUGACCAGUCCUCAAUUGGUGGGUAAUAUGAAACCCAUUGAAUUGCCACCAGAGGAUAAGGCUGUACCCAAUUGGGAUGUAUUGAUUAGAAUUUUGGAAGAACCAGAAAUGUCAGAGGCCGAUGAUGCCAGCUCGGUACACUCUAGUGUUCAUGCUUUGAGUCGCUACAUAAGCUAUGAUGAUAAGGCCAAAUGGAAGGAGAUUAUAACCACAGAGUCAUCGUUGCGUACCAUGUUAACUGAGGCUGUGGUCAAGGAAGAUUUUGAACGCAUCCGUUCAGAUACACGAUAUGAACGUAUAUUCGAACCACAAACUUGGGAUGUAAUUAUACGCAUAUUAGCACCACCCUCCGAUGAUGAGGGUGAUGUUGAGAUGAGGACACCGAGGCGUAAUAGAAAGACCCAACCAUGGGAUACACGUUCCAGACGUAGUUCAUUGCCAACGCUGUAUGAAUAUGAUAGCGAUGGUGGUUCAAGUGUACGCACCAUACGUAACGAUCCAUCUAUGCCAAUACAUCCGAAUGCCUUUAAUAUGCAACGGUCACGUCGUUCAUCGCGUACUUCGUAUAAUACCGACCACAAUGAUUUCCGUUCAAUGUCUGAGGUAACAGUGGACUUCGGACGCAUGGAUAAUAUGUCAAAUGCCAGUUCGUAUUAUCCCAUGCAAUACGAUGACGAUGACAAUAUGUCGGAGAGACGUUCAUUCCAUCGUUCCGUAAGUCAUCCAUCAUUGGCUCGAUCGGCUAGUGAAUUCACUGAACACUGGGCUGCUCCGGAUGAUAUGUCUUCGCCCGAGGGUACACCAACUGCCACCAGAUCACAGAGAAUGGUUACCACAUUCCAAUCCCGGGUGCCAGCUCCUCCACCACCACCCAGAUCCGGCCGCAUGGUAGCUCAAACCCAACACGAAUAUGUCGAGACUAGACGCACAUCAUCAUCUUAUCACACAGAAGCUCAAGCCAGACCCAGAGAGUGGUAA